UGCAAUUUACUUAAUGAUAAUGCAGUGCGAUGUGACUGAAAUGUGGCUGGUAAAGCGGUGCGUCUUUCUUUCUGUUUGACCACGUUCCGUGCGAGACGUUUUUUAAUACAAAAUGAGCCUUAAUAUCUCGAAAAAACGCAAGUUCGUUGCCGAUGGCAUGUUCAAGGCUGAAUUGAACGAGUUCCUCACUCGUGAACUCGCCGAGGAUGGUUACUCUGGUGUGGAGGUCCGUGUUACCCCUGCCCGCACUGAAAUCAUCAUCAUGGCCACCAAAACACAACAAGUGUUGGGUGAGAAGGGUCGUCGUAUUCGUGAGCUGACCGCCAUGGUGCAAAAGCGUUUCAAUUUCGAACCUGGUCGUAUCGAAUUGUACGCCGAGAAGGUGGCCACUCGUGGUCUGUGCGCUAUUGCACAGGCUGAGUCUUUGCGUUAUAAGUUGACCGGAGGUUUGGCGGUGCGUCGUGCCUGUUACGGUGUAUUGCGUUUCAUCAUGGAAUCCGGUGCUAAGGGCUGCGAAGUCGUUGUGUCCGGCAAAUUGCGCGGUCAACGUGCCAAGUCAAUGAAAUUCGUUGAUGGUCUGAUGAUCCACUCUGGUGAUCCAUGCAACGAUUAUGUUGAAACAGCUACCCGUCACGUCUUGUUGCGUCAAGGUGUUUUGGGUAUUAAGGUGAAAAUUAUGUUGCCCUACGAUCCCAAGAACAAGAUCGGCCCCAAGAAGCCACUGCCCGACAAUGUGUCGGUUGUGGAACCAAAGGAGGAGAAGAUUUACGAAACCCCUGAGACAGAGUACAAAAUCCCACCACCCAAGCCAUCGGAUGAAUUUGGGGAAGUACCAAAAGUUUUGUAAAUUUUUAAUUUAAAAUAUAUGCUUUUAUAUAGAAAAGUAAAUGUGUGAAAAAAAAUAAAUGAAAAAAAUCAA